GCUAUAUAAAAACUUGUGUCAAGAAACAAAGAGAGCACAAGAGUCUCUCCUCUUUUUUUUUGGGAUUUUUUUUUUCAGAGUUAAAACAUGGCUGAGAAUCUACCAACUAGGCAAGGAGAGGUUGAACAGAUACUCGCUAAUUCUUCGGAUCAAAGAAAGGUAAUUAUCAUGGCAAAAUCCAUAUUGGAGAAAGCCACAGAGCAACUGUGCAGGACACUGUUUCUCGACCGAAUUACCAUUGUGGACCUCGGUUGUUCUUCGGGCCCAAACGCUCUUUCAGUGGUCUCUCAAGUUCUCGACAUUAUUAGUAAGUUAGACGAACGACAGUCGAAGGAGGAGGAGAGGACACUUCCGGAAAUCCAAUUCAUCCUGAACGACCUACCAUCGAAUGACUUCAACAGUGUUUUUCAAUCGCUGGAAGAGUUCAACAAGAAGAUUAAGGAAGAAAGAGGAAAUCUACUCGUGCCAUAUUACGUUGCAGCUGCUUCAGGGUCUUUCCAUGGGAGACUUUUUCCUUCUUCAACUGUUCAAUUCUUUUACUGUUCCACUAGUCUCCAUUGGCUGUCUCAGGCUCCUAGAGAACUUGGGAGUGCAGAAGCUAUUUCACAAAACAGAGGAAAUAUUUACUUUACGAGGACAAGCCCCCCUUGGAUAGUUAAAGCAUAUCGAGAACAAUUUCGAAGAGAUUUCUCUACAUUUCUCGAGUCUCGCUUCGAAGAAUUAAGUGUUGGUGGAGGAGCAUUGUUAAUAUUUCCCGGAAGAGAAGGAGAAGAUGAAGAUGGUGACAUAUUUAACCACAUUUCUGAAUUAUUUUCUGAUUCCCUCAAUGCAAUGGCUGAAGAGGGGAUCAUUUCAAAAGCUAAAUUGGAUGCUUUCAACAUGCCAUUCUACUCGCCAUUGUUGGAGGAAGUGAAAUCAAUAAUUCUCAAUGAAAGCUCAUUCGACAUAGAACAAGCACACUUGCUAAGCUACAAAUGGCUUGAUGCCACAAAACUCGACAUUCUACGAGAUGGGAAGAUGAUUGCGAACGGUUUUCGUGCCUGGAAUGAAUCCCUGUUCGCCCAUCACUUCGGGGAUGCCAUCCUUGAUGAACUAUUUGAAAGAUUUGCUGAAAGAGUUUCAAGAGGAAUUCUUGAAGAAAAGCUCACUAACUGUACUGUAUCUAAUAUUAUCAUUGAGUUGAAGAAGAACACUCCACCAUAAUCAUAUGUAUCGAUCCCCUUUUGAGUAUGAAAUAAAAAUUGCAAAAGAAAGUUAAUAUGAA